CCCGAGCCCGAGCCGCGCCGCGUCACGUCACGUCCUGCAGGCCUCGCAGGUCCCGCAAGUCCCGCAGGUCGGCGCCCGCCACAGCCGCAAAGGACGCAGCCGCGCCGCGAGCCGGCGACGCAGCGUCGGGCCCGAGCGCCGCGCCCAGGAGCAUGAUCGUGGACCGGCUGCUGGACGACGGCCGCGGCGGAGAGGGGCUGCUGGACGGGACUGGGGACGGUGGCCUCAUGACCAGCCCGCUCAACCUCGCCUACUUUUACGGCGCCUCGCCGCCCGUCGCCGCCGCCCCGGGCGCCUGCGACUCCGGCUGCGCGUCCUCGGGGCCCUCGGCGCCCGGCUCGCCCGGCUCCGACUCCUCCGACUUCUCUUCCGCCUCUUCCGCGUCCUCCUGCGGGGCCGUGGAGUCCCGGCCCAGAGGCGGCGCCCGUGCCGAGCGUCCCCCAGUUGAGCCCUAUAUGGGGGUUGGCAGGCAACAGAGAGGACCCUUUCAAGGUGUUCGAGUGAAGAAUUCGGUGAAGGAACUCUUGCUGCACAUCCGAAGUCACAAACAGAAGGCUUCUGGCCAAGCUGUGGAUGAUUUUAAGACCCAAAGUGUGAACACUGAGCAGUUCACAGAACUGAAGAACACAGUAUCAUACAGUAGGAAAAGAAAAGGCCUCGAUUUUCAGUCUGAUGGAUCAACUUGCAAAAGGCCAGCCCCAUUACAUACCCAGUUUUUGACCCCACCUCAAACACCGACACCUGGAGAGAGCAUGGAAGAUGUUCAUCACAAUGAAACUAAACCAGACAGCAGUGGUGAUCUGCUCCAGAACAUUAUAAACAUUAAGAAUGAAAGUAGCUCAGUUUCCCUGAACACAGUCCAAGUUAGCUGGAUGAACUCUGUGGUACCUCAGAGCUCCCCCAGAGAGCAGUGUCAGGACUUCCAUGAAGGACAGGUCUUCUCUUCACCUCAGAAGUGUCAAGGAUUCCAAGUCAGCAGCUCUCCACAAGUGAUGGACCAUGCUUCCAUGUACCAGUAUUCUCCGGAGAGCCAGAAUGUAGAGCAGCAGCAGCCGCAGUACACCCACAAUGCGUCUCUGGAAUACAGUCCGUACUUUAGAGCUUCCCAGUCCCCCAACUAUGAAUCAAAUCUCUUUGAUAGACGAGAACCACAGUUCUGCCCAAACCAAAGUUUUACAUCUCUCUUAAGUGGUCAUGGGGAAUCCGAGAAUGUCGCUGUUCCCAUUCAGACUUCCCCCAGUGUCCAGCACCACAGUGACGCUCUUCUGCAGAACUUCAGCAUGAUGCCUAACAGUGCCUGUGAGGCUGUGGGGGCGCAGGAUACAGGCUCUAUCUCUGUAAAUGCCUCGCUGCCAUUCCCGAGCAUCAUCGGAAGUCCGAUGAACACCUCUCAGUUAGGGAAGUCAUUUUUUCAGUGGCAAGUAGAGCAAGAAGAAAGCAAGUUGGCAAAUAUUUCCCAGGACCAGUUUCUUUCAAAAGAUGCAGAUGGUGACACGUUUCUCCAUAUUGCUGUUGCCCAAGGGAGAAGAGCACUUUCUUAUGUUCUUGCAAGAAAGAUGAAUGCGCUUCACAUGCUGGAUAUUAAAGAGCACAAUGGGCAGAGUGCCUUUCAGGUUGCAGUGGCUGCCAAUCAGCAUCUCAUUGUGCAGGAUCUGGUGAACCUCGGGGCCCAGGUGAACACCACAGACUACUGGGGACGAACACCUCUGCAUGUCUGUGCUGAGAAGGGCCACUCCCAGGUACUUCAGGCGAUUCAGAAGGGAGCAGUGAGGAGCAAUCAGUUUGUGGAUCUUGAGGCAACUAACUAUGAUGGCUUGACUCCUCUCCAUUGUGCAGUCCUGGCCCACAAUGCUGUGGUGCAUGAACUCCAGAGAAACCAACAGCCUCACUUACCUGAAGUUCAGGAGCUUUUACUGAAGAAUAAGAGUCUGGUUGACACCAUUAAGUGUCUGAUUCAAAUGGGAGCAUUAGUAGAAGCAAAGGAUCGAAAAAGUGGCCGCACAGCCCUGCAUUUGGCAGCGGAAGAAGCGAACCUGGAACUCAUCCGCCUCUUUUUGGAGCUUCCCAGUUGCCUGUCUUUUGUGAAUGCAAAGGCUUACAAUGGAAACACUGCGCUCCAUGUUGCUGCCAGCCUGCAGUACCGGGUUACACAGUUGGAUGCCGUCCGCCUGUUGAUGAGGAAGGGCGCAGACCCAAGUACCCGGAACUUGGAGAAUGAGCAGCCUGUGCAUUUGGUGCCUGAUGGCCCCGUAGGAGAACAGAUCCGACGUAUCCUGAAGGGAAAGUCCGUUCAGCAGAGAGCAGCACCGUAUUAGCUCUAAUUUGGAGCCUGUUUGGCAACACUCACUGUCAGUUAGGCAGUCCUCAUGUAUCUGUACAUAGACCAUUUGCCUUGUACUGGCAAAUGUAAGUUGUUUCUAUGAAACAAACAUAUUUAGUUCACUAUUAUAUAGUGGGUUAUAUUAAAGAAAAGAAAAAUGUCUCAUUUCUUUUGGCAGAUUUGCAUAUUUCAUACCCAGGUAUUUGGGAUCUAGACAUUUGAAUUUGAUAUGAGUAGUAAAAUCCUUAAAUUAACAGUAGUGUUUGGGUAGGAAAAGACUUUGAUUUGUGGUGUAAGGCAUUGCUCAUGGAGCUGUUGCCAGUUGUAAAGCAGAGGAAUUGUGAAUGUUUCUUUAAGAAAAAUGAAACCAUUUGAAAGGGAAAAAAAUGAAUCUGGAUAUAUGGUUUAGGCUUCUUUUGGCCUGAUGCAGUACCCACCAGUUACUAGCACUGACAAGUUUCUAGUCAUUGGACUGGAUGAAAGGCAUCUGUGGUUAGGAUUUGACCUUUGUAAACUGUAUAAAGUAUUACUUUUGUUUUUUAAAAAUAUUGUACAUAUGUGGUCAGUAACAUGGACAUUGAAAUGUGUAAAGCAAUAAGUAGAAACGAGUAAGUAAUUGUCGCUAAUUUUUAAAAUUGUACACAUUUAAAGGAAGUAUUAUUAUGUAAUCACCCAACUAAAAUCUUGUAGAUAAGCCAAAUGGGGACGUGGUCCCUAGUUAGCUGAAAGAACUGCUGGUAUGUUUGAAUUGUAAAUAUGCUUCUCGUGGGUUGAGAUAAGACACACAUCAGUUGUAGGUUAUUCCAUGCUUUUGAAGCAGACUUCUAUGACUUGCUUACCUUUUAGGAAUUGUAAGUUCUUUUGAAAUUUUGUUCUUUAUCUUUAUAUUGAACCAGAUCUUUCUAUUUUCUGUUGUCAAUUAAUGGUAUUUCAUGAUGUUUAUGUUAACAUUUAAAAGUGUUUUAUUUUUAAAAUGUUAAUUCUAUUAACAUUGUUUCGCUUUACCUCUGGUAUGGCCCAAGGAAUAUAUUUGGCUUUUAUUGCACACUAAUUGUUUGUAAUAAAUAUGAUUAAUUAAAAAUCUUUUUUAAAAAUGAUAA